AUGGCACUCGGUGGUUUAAUAUUGCUGGUUGUUAACGAGACAAAUACAAGUGGAUCGAACAGAACUGAGGCCCAUCAUGAUUUCUCAGAACGGAAAAUUCGUCUUAUCUUUGGCGCAUUCGCACUGCUUUCACUCUUGUCUAAUGUCACAUUCUUUUUGCUUCCGAAGCGUAAGCCCGAAAAUGCACUCGAAGACAAUUCUGAUGUAGAAAGAGGAUUUUGGGACACUUUAGCAUUCACUUUCAAAGCGUUCGCAAGUCCGAAACUAUGGUUGUUAUCCUUUUCGUGGAUGUAUUUGGGUCUGAGCACCGCUUUCUACUUAGGCCCAUAUCCAACUGCAUUAAUAUUCACCGAAUCACUAACUGAGCACACAACGCUCAUACCAUUCUAUGCGUGUUCGAUUGGUUUCGGAGAAAUCAUCUGCGGAUUGAUAAUCUCAUAUGGCUCAAAUAAGUUCCGCAAUUUUGCAAGAUUGCCAACAAUUACAAUUGCUAUCGUAACACACCUGAUUACUUUCCUUCUAAUUCUACUCUCAACACCGAGGGAAUCUUCACUUCGGCCUACCAAACAGCCAGCUCUGCUAAUUCAACCGAAGCAAGUUUAA